UACAACUGGCGUGAUGCCAAGUUGACGGCAUGGGUGAAGCAUAUCGAGAACGAAUGUCAGUCCUGUCCCUCGCCCUCGUCAGACGACAGGGACGACACCACAGCUCGACGUGCACACCACCAUGAUGUAGGCCACUUUGUUUAUGGUUUACCAUGUAAUUGGGAUGACAGACCUGUUCAACUUUAGCAUGAAUCUGAUGUGGGGAUACAGAUAGCAGCAUGACGACCUCUUCACACACCCACUACCGGAUAGAAAUGAUUUCAAAGAUCCUCCUGUUGUGGUUGUCAGUACUUCUUGGCGGUGUCCACGGUGUGCGGCCGGCUUGUGACAUUCCGCCAACAGACUUAAACCAACUGGCAACCAUCACGUGCUACCUGCCAGAGAAAGUCUUGCAGGAUAAACACGGUUUUAGAGUUACUCACCUGACUCGUAAUAAUACAGUUGUGAACGCGGAGUGGGAGGAUGGCCAGUACAUGUUCUCCCUGGAGGUUGACAUCUCAAUGGAUGGACAAAAGCAAAAUGACCGAUUUACCUUCAAGAUGUAUCCUGUCACACGCAAUCGUACCGGAGUAUACGCCUGCAUACCUGAAGGAUACAAACAAGAGGAAGUCGGCACCUGUACACUGUCUCUAAAGUCAGUUUCAGAACCAUCAAGAUCUACAGAUAUACCAAAUGUUGGAAAAGUCAAUGAAAAUGAAUACACAAACCAACCAGAAUAUAUCGUCCUCGUAGCAGCAUGUUGCAUACUGACUGCAAUUAUUGUCAUUGGCCUGAUUGGUAUCUCGAUCUAUAUUCACAGAAACAAGAGAAAAGAACAAGAUCACAGAAACAAUGUUUUGGAAACUGGGGAAUCAAAAACUUUGAUGAAUGGCCAUACAAAAGACAUCUGCGGACCUGAGGAAUCAAAAACUUUUCUCAACGGCCAUACAAAAGACAUCUGCGGAAUGGCACCCAAUGGGCAUAACUGAAAUGUUAUAAAAUGUGAAAAAAAUCAUAAAACUUGCAACAGUCACGUUUCCGAAACGAACAAGAACAAUAUAUCUUUAUGGGCCUGAGGUCAUUUUCUUGCUGUUGUGAAUGGGACAAAAAGAAGAGAGGCAUUAAUAAUGUCAUUGGUCAGGGCAGGUAGAGGGAGACGGGGGUAGAGCUGCACCUGUGAUCGUACCCCUCGACCAUACGUAAAGCAUGGAAAUCGGGGUCUUCGUGCCUCACGUGCAGUUCGGGCCGUGCCCACCCUUCUAUAAGGGACAAGGGUGCCGAACAUUGAGCAGCCGGGUGGCUGUUGCUUUUGGUAGAUUGGAUGAGUGGUGUUUGCUGGGAGCCAGAGCUGUCGCUGGGAGAUCGCUUGUUGCUGUGGGAGGAUUCACAGGGCAGGUGUUGUUUACACAUUUCAAACCGGGUGUGUGCACCUGUAUUGACGACCGCCACCUAGAAUGGGUGGGGUCAUGGUGGCAGCCAAGCAACUUCGGAGGGACGACUCGCAUAGACUUUCUCUUUCAUUGUAGAGGUAGAAGCGGGGAGGAAGGGGUAGGUCUUGUCCCUCCUUAUCCACUUAUGUACGCUACACUCCAAAGUAUGUGAACAUUCCUCCUUCAACUGGUGUGUGUUGUGGAGAAGGCUCCAUGAAUUUUGUUCAUCACGAACCACAUGUACUUCGGUUGUUGUGAAUUGCUACCAGUAGUGACUGGUUAUUUGAACAUUGCGAACAAUACCGAAUAAGUGAUUUUGUGCAUAUUUGUGCCUCAUAAAUAACUGCAUUGCAAAUAGUUUUGGAUGCACGCCAUUUAUUUUUUGACAACUGUAUGUCCAUUGUUUUGUUUGCAUUGUAAAGAAUAAUUGUUUGUGUUCACCCUGGGCAAGGAUUCCCUAGCUAAAGUGAUCUCGUGUUGUCGUUUUUUGCCUUAUUUCUGGUAAGGAAAAUACAGUGCAUUAAUAUCUACGAUUUUUCUUAGUUUUUCGCAUUAAUUAGGAAAAACUAUUUUUGGAUAUGACGAAACCCUGCUGUUUAAGAUAAAGUUCAUAUUUU